CUGAAUAAACUUGAAUCAGAGGUAACUUUUAUAUUUUGUACCUUGGCCAACCAAGUUUUGUACUUUCAUUUAAAUGUAAACGGAAAAAACUGGUUCAAACGAUUUCUUUAGACGCAGUUUUAUUCCAAAUAUUUACAUUGGAAACGAUAAUUAUCUAGAAAUCACGAUGAGUAAAAGGCAUUCCUAAUUUAUCUGAAUGCGUUAUUUUCUCAUCUGUAGAAAUUUUUUUACAUUUAUCAAACCAUUUCAUUUUAACUUGAACAGAACUGCAUCAAAUUUUACGGCCAUGGAUCCUCAAGAAGCAGCGAAAAAAGCAGCAGCUUGUCAAGCUAUUAAAGAUCACAUAUCAGGGAAUUGUGUUGUCGGAAUCGGAAGUGGGUCUACUAUUGUUUAUGCAGUUGAAGAAUUAGCAAGAAUUGUUAAGGAAAAGAACUUGAAAAUUCCUUGUAUACCAACAUCGUUUCAGGCAAAACAACUUAUCAGAGAGUUUAAUUUGUUGCUUAGUGAUCUUGAAGAAUACCAAGAGUUGGAUUAUGUGUUUGAUGGUGCUGAUGAAGUUGAUGCUAAUUUGGCGUUGAUCAAAGGUGGAGGCGGAUGUUUAACGCAAGAAAAAAUAGUUGCCUCAUGUACAAAUAAUUUAAUUAUAGUAGCUGAUAGUAGGAAAGACUCUACAUUUCUUGGAACUAAUUGGACAAAAGGCAUACCUAUUGAAGUUAUACCAAUGGCUUAUAUGCCAAUUAAAAGGAGAUUAGAAGCUAUGGGAGGACCUGCUGAAUUAAGAAUGGCAAAAGCUAAAGCUGGACCACUUGUUACUGACAAUGGAAAUUUCAUUUUGGAUUGGAAAUUCACCAUUAAAAGUGCGGACUGGAGGACACUGAAUCAAAAAAUAUUAUGCUUUCCAGGUGUUGUGGAAACAGGUCUAUUUGUUGACAUGGCAAAAAAAAUUUAUUUUGGUGAAGAAGAUGGUAAUGUGACAAUCAAGAUAUAGCUGUGAUAUAAAUUUUAGGCUUUUUAAAUUGUAUGACAGAUUUUAACGAUGUAAAUUGCACUCAUAUUUUACUUUUCAUUGUGUUCUAAAUAAAGCUCUCUCAUAUGCCUUUUUUUAUAUUUUUGUAAAAAAAAAGUGAAAUAAAAGAAAUGAUUUGUUUAUA